AUGUCCUUCUGUACGAAAAUUCUAAUUUCUGUAGCUAUUAUUGGAUCUGCUGCAUUUUUCUAUGAAGUGCAGGCAGCACCAACAGAAAUUGCUCUUCGCGAGGAUGUUAACUCUACUGCUAUCGACACAUUGACGGGAUUAGAUCACUCUUUUCGAGUGAAACGACAAGGCGGUGGAGGCGGUGGAGGCGAUGUUGCUGUCGCUGUACCACCUGCCGUACCUGCUGCUGCACUCGUUGCUGUACAUGCUGCCGACCAUGUUGCUGUGGAUGUGGUGGUGGAUGUGGUGGAGGAUGCGGUGGUGGAUGUGGUGGAGGAUGUGGUGGAGGCUGUGGAGGAGGUAAGCUGCGGAUGUUGCGGUUGUGGUGGUGGUGGUCGUAAGAGAAGAUCUCUUGAUAACCUUCGUAUCCGUCUUGGCAUGAAACAGUCAGCUGAAGCUAACAAUGAGCAGCCAGCUGAACACGAGUUUCCCAGGGAGAAAAGAAAUAUUAUGUGCCAAAAUCUAUGCGCUGCUCCAGCUCCUGUCCAUGCAGGAUUCCCAAGAUCUCACGAAUUUUACGGGGACUACUGA